CACACGUCACGUAAUAAGACAGUUCGCGUUUGGCCCUCGUCGAGUACAGACGUGUCGCCCCUUCGAACAUGAACAUCGAACUUUAACCAGGACGUGUGCGAGCUCUCCGAAUAUGGUGGCAGGAUAAGUGAAUUUGCGUGUUCCGAAUCGUGAUGUGAUUGUAACAAUAGAUAUUAACACAAAAACAAUAGAUGCGAGCGGAUAUCGUAGAUUCAAUGAGCUAUUUAAAAGUGAUAAAGGAAUUGUGAAAUCGGUUCCGAUUCGUAUAGGGAAAGAGCUAAUUUAUUCGCAUAGAAAAUUGAAACGAUUAUUUAUUUGCCUGCACAAAUGAGCAUUCAAGAAAAUAGGAAGUGACUUGGUUCUUGUAAUGCGUUCAUGACGAUCGGUGAAAAAGGGAAUUGAAUCGAUUGUUUGCGUACUAUUGUGAAGUUUGUACACAAGAAAAUAGGAAGUGACUGUGUUAAAUCGUUGAUUAGAUUAAAAACAAUUGAUAAAAUCCGUCUAUUGACCUACUAAACUGUGUUAGACAUAAUGACUAUGUAAUAUAUAAAAACAUCACCGAGUUGUGAUAAUUCAAUACAAUUGUUAAAACAAUUUUACGAAAAUGUUGGCUGUAAAGAAUUUCUUUAUGCCGGAGAAAAGAGUGGACUCGCCGAGGUUCUCCAGAAUGCCGGAGGCUUUGAUGCGGUCCAUAAGGAGGAGGUCUUUGAGAGUGAAGAGGACCAAGUCGUUGGUUCUCGUCAACGAGAAAAGGAAGUCGGAUUCUUUCGUCAACAGCCAAGAAUGGACGGCAUCACGCGGUGUGACGGAACUGAGGGUGGGCGUGCUGGGCUCCCCGGACAGCGGGAAGUCAGCCUUGGUGCACAGGUACCUUACCGGGGCGUACAUGCAAGAGGAAAGCCCAGAAGGCGGUCGGUUCAAGAAGGAGGUGAUAAUCGACGGGCACAGCUACCUGCUGCUCAUCCGAGACGAGGGCGGCCCGCCGGAGUUGCAGUUUACCGCGUGGGUGGAUGCCGUAAUCUUCGUGUUUAGCCUCGAAAACGACAUCAGCUACAACACCGUUUCAAAUUACUUCAAUAAGAUGUCUCACUAUCGGAAUUCCGCCGAAAUUCCGAUCAUAUUAGUCGGAACUCAAGAUGCCAUAAGUGAAAGCAGUCCGCGCCUUGUGGACGACAACCGCGCUCGCAAAUUGUCGAAUGAACUACGAAGGUGUUCUUACUACGAGACGUGCGCGACAUACGGCUUGAACGUAGAACGGGUGUUCCAAGAUGCAUGCCAGAAAAUAGUGGGCACAAGAUUGUCAGCAUCGUCCCAGUGUCUGUCCGGUGGGUCCCGGCCCGUGACACCACAGCCUCUGGCUAACUCUCCCAGCCACAACCACUCCACCUUCCUUUAUAAGGACUCCCUCCCGCGAGGCCACCACACUCUGUCCGCGUCCUCCCACCACCUGCACCGCGGGGCCUCCUCCUUCGACGCCUCGUCCAACAGCAGCGGCAUAUCCUCCACACACGUCGUCGAGAUACACAGCACCAACGGCUCCGACACCUCCUCCAGAUGGGGCAACUCAUUAUGCAGCCACGGCUCUUCAUCAGGCCUCGUCUCCAUAGCAACGGAGAACAACAACGUCAAAUUCACCGCGCCACACUGUCUAGACAACCUCCAGCCUUCCAAAGACGUCAAGGAUCUGCCCACACCCUCGUCAACUCCCACAACUUCAAGGAAAUCGAGGAGAAGAUCCAACUUGUUUACGCCGUCUAAAAAAGGGGAUGAUAGAUUAAAGAAUGGGGAGUUGGGCUCAGGGAGGGCGAUUCCGUUGAAACAGGGUUACUUGUACAAAAAGAGUAGUAAGGCGUUGAAUAAGGAGUGGAAGAAGAAAUAUGUCACUCUAUGCGAUGAUGGCAGAUUGACAUAUCAUCCUAGUUUACAUGAUUACAUGGAGGACGUGAACGGCAAGGAGAUAUCGCUGCAGUACGUGACGGUGAAGGUGCCGGGACAGAAGCCGCGCGGCUCCAAGUCCAUCAUCACGACGGUGCCCGGCUACAACGGGUACACCAGCGUGGACAUACAUGACAGCAUCGGAGGACUGUCACUAGGGUACAAAGACAAGCCGACGCGCGCGACGGACAAGGCGCUGCUGUCGGCGUUCGACACGAUGAAGGAGCCGGCGUCCAGCCGACAGUCGCUGGCGUCGGACGCGGACGGCUGCACCAACGGCGCCGACAAGGACACGCCGCACGUCAAGAAGCGCCACCGCAGGAUGAAGAGCAGCGGCGUCAAGAAGGACGGGGAUGAGGACGCGGAGAGCGCCACGUCGUCGGAGUUCACGAUAGUCAGCCUGGACGGCAAGCGCUGGCGGUGGGAGGUGGGCGCGGGCGGCACGCCGGCCGCGUCGGCCGCCGAGCGCGACGCGUGGGUCGCCGCCGUCGAGGCGCAGAUCCUCGCCUCGCUGCAGGGCAGGACGUCCCGGCAGCCCGCACCGACGGGCGCCAACUCGACGGGCGACGUGCGCGCCACGUACUACAUCCGCAGGGUGAAGGGCAACGACAAGUGCUGUGAUUGUGGGGCGCAAGACCCAGAUUGGGCGAGCCUGAACCUGGGCGUGCUGAUAUGCAUCGAAUGCUCGGGCAUACACCGGAACCUCGGCUCGCACAUAUCCCGGGUGCGCUCGCUCGACCUGGACGAGUGGCCUCUUGGGCACGUGAGCGUGAUGGUAUCAAUGGGCAACGCGCUCGGCAACUCGAUAUGGGAGGCCGACCUACGCGGACACAUCAAACCCAUCGCCACCUCCACCAGGGAAGAGAAGGAACGGUGGAUCCGGAUGAAGUACGAGCGGCGCGCGUUCCUGUCGUGCGAGCCGACGGUGGCGGGCGGCGAGGCGCUGCGGGCCGCCUCCGCGCGCGGCCACAUCGCCACCCUCGCGCGCUCCCUGGCCGCGCCCGCGCCCCGCGCGCCCGCGCCCGUCGAGCGCGCCCUGGCCCUGCGCGCCGCCGCCGCCGCCGGACACCUGGCCGCCGCGCAGCUGCUCAUAUGGCACAACGGCAACCCGAACUUCCCCGACGCGGACGGGCACACGUGCGUGUUCUACGCGCGCGCGGCCGCCAACCACCUGUCGGGCAUCCCCACCCAGUACCCGAAGAACCUCCAGAUCACGUGCCCCCUCCACCCGAACCCGCCCACCAGCUCCGGCACCAACUCGACGAGCUCCAGCUCGAGUACUAAGAGCGCGAAGAAUCCAGACCCGGAGUGCAAUUGCAUCAUCUUCGAGUUGUUGAACGCGCAGAGUGCGUCCAACGCCCUGGUGGAGAUCCUCAUAGGGUUGCAGAACAACCAGUACAUGAACAACGGGUUCGAUUACAACCAAACGCUCGGCAGGCCGUCCUUCGCGCCCAACCUCUCGCUGACGAAUGGUAAAUGCGGGAGCAUUGUGUAAAUAUAUAUACAACGUACAAUUGUACAAUAUUUUUUUUUAUUAAAAUUUAUGUUUUUAUAUGUGGACUUACUGUUGAUUUGUUAGACUGUCAUAGUGUCUGAGUGAGUUUUUGAGACGGACGUCAUUUGUUCCCAGUGAUCCCAAUUUUCCUUGAAUGGAGAGUUUAUUUAUUUGCAAAAUUGUAUUCAAAUCUUACAAUAUCAUUGGAAAUGUUUCUUAUACAGACAGCUAUUGGGUGGUUUGAAGUUUUGUAUUAUAAUUACUUAAAUUAUACGCACAAAAUUGUUCGCAUAAUUGACUAAUACUUUAAAAAAAUACAUUUUUAUGAGUUGAAGUCUAACAAAUCAUCAGGUAAACGAAAAUAAUUUACCUAAUAUUAAUUAGUUUUGUAAUUAAUAUUAAUAUAAAAAAUUUAUUAUUACGAAUUCUAUAAUGAUAUUCCACUGGUGUUAUAAAUGUUUCAUCAUAAAUAAAUACAUAGUUACCAACGUCGUAUAUACAUAAUUUCUGUAAUAAUAAUUAUUGUAAAAUAAAUUAAAUUAGUGAACACAUACAUAUUGUAGCUACUUUGAGCUAUUAUUAUAGAUCUUUGUAAAAAUUAUUGACGUAUCAAAAUAGCGAUAUUUUACAAAAUAUAGCUAAUUUCUAUGUACACAAAACUUAUAACUGAAAAAGUUCUAUACAUUGAAUAGCAAUAGAGCAGAUAAAUAAAUAAAUAAUAAUAAUUGUUAAGUCAGCCAUUGACCAUCAAUUAUUCUCACGAUCUUGCAGCGCUAACGGCUUGACUGAUCGUGUGUUGGUAGCGGUAUGCAUGACGGCUCGUAGUUGUAAACGUAAGCGGAAUAUGCAGUUUUAAUGCAGUAAUACCAAUCACACAAAAACCGUUUUGAAACAUAGAAGUCGUUUGUCUAAACAAAUAAGUAUGGUCAGUUACUGUUUUAGGGUUAAACUCAUUACAGCUAUACAGCACCUAACCAACUCCUGCAUUCUGUAAAGUUACAGCGAUGUGACAUCGCUCAUUUGCAUGGCAACUACGUCGUUACAUUUUAUUUUUGUUUUUUUAUAGAAAUAAAGUUAAAAUUCUAAUAAAACUUGUUAAAGGUGAAAUUAUAUCCUGAAUAGCGGAAUUACAUCCCAGCUUAGUUUUAUAUAUGUUUACUCUUACAAUUUUGUAGCGUGCUGCGUGUCUUGAUUGUCGUUAGCUGUAAUGAAGUGAGCUGUGGCAAAAGCUGGGUGGCUCUAAUGAGGCAUUACCUUUGGGAUUUAAUAAUGCGUUGGUGUAUACUUUAUAAAACUUAAUACGAACAGGGAAAAAAUUAUGUGUCUAAGAUUCUGGAACUUUAAGAAUAGAUUUCCAAAAUUGUUGUAAGUUUUGUGUAUGUACUAUCUAACUAGAGUCAGUAUUUUAAAACGUAAGACAUUUCUUACUUAAAAUGUAUUUUUUUUAAAUGGCCUCUUUUGUGAUCAAAAUAUUUAUUGUAUAUAUUGUUUGUAUAUUUUUUUUAUGAUUUAAAAUACUGCUUCAAAUUAAAACCUUGUAAGUAACAAAUUUUAUGACGUAUGGUAAGUUGCUACUGAUUAGGUAUUAAUUUGAAGUAUUCUAUACAAUUAUUUUAGUUAGUGUAUGUUAUUAUACAUAUUUUAUUUGUUUUUAAUAUGGUUCUGUAAGUGUAUUUUUUUUAAAUCUCCAAAAUUAGUUCAGAGGUGCUGCAUUUACUAACAUUACUAUAAAUUUUUUUGAAAUCUGGGUCUUCAUAUAGGCAUUACAAUUUCUGACGGAAUAUCAGUAAAUCAUAAGAAAUCCCGAAAAGAUCUGUUAUAUCAGAGAUUCAAAGAAUUACCCUGUAUGUGCUACAUUAUAUUUUAAUUUUGGUGCUCAUUUUUUUUAAGUUUGGUGAAUGUCACUUAGAUGGUUUUGUUUUUUAAUGGUGUUAAUUUUUUUCGGAAUUUAUUCUAAAUUUGAGUUUACUUAAAAGCGGUGGCUUAAAAGAAUUAAGCUGAUUAUAUUAUGUGAAUAUAGAAACGUAAUAUAUUAUUAUUAUUAUUAUAGAAAAAAAUCACUAUGAAAAUAAGUUUUAUAACAAAAAUACCUGUAGUAAAAAAUUUAAUGUGUUGUCAUAUUAUUUAUUUUGUUUUUAUGUGAACGUCCAGUGUGAAUAAUUUUAUUUUCUUUAUAUUGUAAAAAUAACUUCAUCAGAUUAGAUAAGUUUUUGUAAAUUUGUCAAUUUGGAUCAUACAAUUUUAUAGGCGAAUUGUUUAGUAAUUAUUAUUAAUAUUAUAUCAUAAUUGUUCAAUAAUAAAUAAUAUAAUUAAUUAAUAAUAAUAAUUUAAUUAUAUACAAAUCAAAAUUUCGAACAUCAAAUAAUGUUUCACGAUAAAUUACGGCAACUAUCGAAAAAUAUUUAUAUUUUAAUGAGAAUCUAAAAACAUCACAAAAUGUUUUUAAUCAUUCGGAAUUUCCGAAUUACUCGAUAUUUUAACGGAGUUAUGGUGAAAUCGAUAUAAAGUAAUUGAAUAAAUUAAAUUUUUAAUUAAUGUUGUAUGUCCAAAUUUUAAUUUUUUUUUUUAAACUUAAAAUUGUCAAGAAAACUCCAUCUUAAUUUUUGUAUUUUUUUUUAUAUAUAUUCCGUGGCCAGUUUUCACCUUCAGUCCGUUGCAAUAUCGAUUCAUACGUAAAUAUAGAUUUUUUUUACUAGAUAUAAUAAAAAUAAAUUAUUGAAUUAGUAUACAAGAUCUCAGCUCAACGCUAUCGUAGGGUAAAAUUUAGAAUAAUUAUUUAGUAGUAAAUAUUAUAUUGUCGCUUUUUACCUAAACUCCCUUGGGGAUAAAUAAACAAAUUUUUUAUAACCGACUUUUUAUAUUUUCUUGGUUUUUUGACUUAACCAUUGAACCAUAAUAAUAUUGUAAAUGCGCCAAUGUACGUAAUAAAUUAUUUUUUAAUAAAGUUUUGUAAGCUGGAAAUGUAUACAUUUCAACCAAAUUCUUUUCAAUUUAGAAGAAAUACAAGCAUUUUCAAUAAUGGUAUAAAAAACGGAUUUUACCGGGAAAACGCAGAAAGAAUUUAGCCUUUCCUUUAUUAUGACUUAAAUAUAAAUGUUUUCAAUAUUAGAUUUUUGCCAGCAAAUAAACGGGACUACUUGAAAGUUCUUUUCUUUAAAUCAAAGGUAGUUAGAAAUUCUUUUAGACGUAUUUAAAAUUGGUUCAACACAUAAUAUGCAAUCGAAUAGGUGAUAGUGUGAUCAGUAAACUAUUUCAGAAUUUAAUCGCGUUCUAUUAUAAUUUUUAAUUGUACUUAAAUAUACGCACAUAUUUACCAUUUUUUAAGCUUUAAUAAUAAUACUACACAAAUAUAUAAUGUGUCAAAAAACCAAGGACUCAAAACAUUCCAUUUUUUAUCCUUAAUAAUGAAAAAAAAAAUAUUUUUUCAACCCAAGGGAAUAUAGUGGAUGUGAUAUUCCUAAGAUUUCCCGUAUUAAGCCAAAUGUACUGAACCCUUCUGUGCCUGCUCUAAGUAGUCUACGCUUUAUAUCGGAUACUCGUUUGUAGACCGAGAGUUGUGUUGAAUAACUUAAGACUAAAUCACCUUGACUCUUGGCCUAUGAUCGAUGGUAUUUUAAUGUAUAAAAGAAUGUACCUACUUCUUCAGCUGGUCGCGCAUUACAGUACGCACCGCACGCGACGCUGGCAACGCACUUUUGGACGCAGAAAAUUGGUUGUACAGUUUUAUGUCAUAACAUGUAACAGUUUCAAUGUUAUGAUCGGUAUGAUAUUUUCAUAAAACGUCAAAGUUUACAGACACGAGUGUGAAAUGUAAUUAGUACGUUUCCAAUAGUAGAUUCUUUAUCGAGAGUACUUAUUUAAUUGAAAGAAAAAUUCGUAUAUUCAUUGUGAAAGUAAUUACUAAUUUGUAUAGUAAAUAAGGAACUGUUAUUACCACUAAAUAUUAUGUAGUUAUUGCCAAAUGAUUACCAUGUCAACGAACAUUUUACUAUAGUUUGUAGACUAGUCAUGCUGAAGAGAACAGAUAUAUUAACUGAUCCUUCUUUAUAAGUUGUUUCAGUUUGUCAUCUUACUUCGCUGGCCCUAUUUAAAAUUACAUAGUAAAGGAAAAAUGCGUUGAAUUGUAUGCGUGCGGCGCGUGCUGUAGUCUGCGAUCAUAAUAGAAUUAAUGCGAUAGUAUAGAAUGAUUCUCAAACGUGCAUUUAGUUCUUAGCGUUGUUCAAAGUACAUAGUGUAAGAGCUGACGUUGCAAUUUUUACCAAAGAUUCCAAACGUAGAUGUGUCAUCGAAAAUCCAUAUUUUACUGUUUUAAUGUCCAUAACUAAUACUGUGCUUAAGACACUUUCUAUCAUAUUCAUACUGUAUAUAAGAUCUAUACUAGAUAUCUAUAUAGAGAGAUGUACAAUGUACGUAUAAUACGAGUAGGUAUAUGUAUGUCAUUGUUGGUAAGCAGAUACGACCAACGGCGUAAGUGACAAGUGGUAAUACAAAAUAUAUGUCGAGUGGCGUAUCUACGGUUGAAAUCUUGUUUUAUAUUAUCAUCGCACACUCGAGUUUCAAAGAUUUUUGAUUUUUAUAUCACACAAUUUGUAUUUUUAAUUGUUAUAUGUAAUUUAUGAAAGCCGCGUAAAAACACUGUUGACUUUAAAAUCUGUAUGCAAAGAACAGUUUUUGACUCGCACAUGUUAUUUUGAUUCGACGUUUUCAGUAUACCUCUCACAAACGCUCCUGGCACUGAUUUAAAAUAGCAACUGUUUAUUAUUAAUUAUUACCGAUAAUUUUAAACUCGUCAGUAGGUUUUAAAGUUAAAAAAAACUACAGACUAAACUUUCUACGUGGCGUUAUUAUUAUUUUAUUAUUAUCACUUUUUUUUUUUAAAUGAGGGUAUUUGGUGUAAAUUUUAGCAAUACCGAGUUCAGUAUUCGAGGGUACGUUACAACGUUUUGUACAUAACGCACGUUACGGUACGUCAACGCACUUUGUAUUGUGUAUAAUUAUUAUUUUUUAACCUAUUUUCGGAUAGUUAAUGUAUAAUAUGUUGAAAUUUUAUUGAUAAUUUUAAAAUCGUUACCCUGACUUAUGAUGUUGCUGACGAUAGACGAACCAACUUGGUCGGGCCCGACUUCUUCCUUCCAACUUAACAUUCUGCCAAUAUUGAUCGGCGUACACAAGUAACAUCUGAAAUUCCAAUCUAACAUCUGAAUUUUUUUAAUUAAUGUUUAAAAAACGGAAAACAUUUUCGCUUUUUUUAUAAAUAAAUACAUUUCAUCCAUACGUAAACAAUACGUAAGAAGAUGAGUACUUAUCAAUUCUGAUUUUACGACUUUUGCAUCUUUAUUUUUUAAUUUUAGCAACUGCAAAGUCCUACCUGAAUUCAAAAAAUAUAAAAUCUUAAAGUGACCCGAGCUGGGAUUCGAACCCUCUGUUGUUGUACCAAUUAGUACUUGGUAUUGGUAUUGGUUGGUUGACUCGAUCUUUGUGGCGUAAAAAUCGUCAAAUAUUUCCAAUCAAUAAACGCGUCUGUAAAAAUGUUUUUUUUUUUUUAAUAAAAAAAGUCUUAACCGUGAGCUUGAAGCAGAUUUUUAUAUUACUUGAAUAAUAAGCCUUACAAUAAAAUCCCAGAAAUUUGUAAUAGGUACUAAGUGGUUCCAAUCAAAUUGGUUCGUCUAUCGAUAUUAUGAGUCUUAGCACACGACGACAUUUUGAUGCGCAUACUUCAUUUCAGCCUACUACCUAAUUAACUAUGUACUUCUAGUAGCUAGUAACUGUGAUAAACAAAUCCUUAUAUAUAACAGUUACUAGUCAGUUGAGUAACCUAGUAAUAUCACAUGUAAAUCCAUAUUAAAACCUUAAUUUUGCCAUUAAAUCUAUUUUACUGCUGUGUCGUGGGUUAUCAUGGUGAUAGUCUAAGAAACAUCUAUAGUCUGGCAAAUUCGUUCAUAACACUCCCAUGAUAUGUGGGCGACGGGCGAAAAGACCGCGGGUGUGAAAUCGUGCGUGCGGGGAAGUGACGUGUGUGAGUCGUGGGUUUUUUAUUCAUCGCUACACGCCCCCCGCCCCGCGCGCAACAUCGGGAGUGUUACGAACGAAGUUGCCAAGCUUCUGGUCGUGUUGAUCCACGAAAUAUUUUUUUUUUAUUUUUGUGUUAACUCUAAAUAAACUUUAUUUUUUAGUAUCGCGAUUGUCGCGUACGGACUUGUCGUCGUGUGUAAAGGUCUGAUUUGCGAGUCUAUUCACAUUAUUUUUUUUAAUGUUUUCUUUUUUUUUGUAUAUUGUUUGUGGUGGCCAAAGAGCUUAAAGUUUGUAAAUAGUAAUGGCGCAGCUGACCCGCUGUACUCUGAACCUUCGUUACUGUAAUUAUUAAGUGAUUUGUUGAUGUUCUUGAUCUUGUGAAAAUAAAGUGGAAAAUGAACACGA